AUGCCACCGCGACUCGGAUUUCUAUUCUUAGUGGAAAGGAGGCACGGAGCAGCGACUCCGCGCAGGGUCGAACGGUACAAAGUCAUGGGCACCACGGUAGUGUGUGCGCUAUUAUUCGGUGCCAUAUUCGGCGUGUUGUCGGCGUCUUUGAGCAAAACGCUGCGCUAUCAGGCGCCGGACGAGUGCAAGUGGGUCGUCGUGGAUAACAGUUCCGAGGAUGACGUCGCUUUGGUGUGCAGGUUGCGCACUAUUAAUAGCGAAUUGGAGAACACCAAUUUCAGUGUUAUUCAACCCCAACACACGGUCCGGUUGAGGUUGGAGUGUAGUGAUGCGUUGUUCUUUCAAAGUUCCUUAAGUGCGGGUAGCUUUCAGCCGCUAGUCGAAUUGCGCGAGUUGUCGAUCGAAUAUUGCAAAAUCGGAAAUUUAUCGGAUGGUGCGUUCCGCGGUUUGAAAGAACUCCGUAACCUAACAGUUCGUACGCAUAACACGGAUUGGUCGGCUAUGACGUUAGAGGUGUCGUCAAACGCGUUCACCGAAGAACUGCGACAGUUGGAAAGACUCGAUUUAGGUGAAAAUAAUAUAUGGAGUUUACCUGAAGGAGUUUUGUGUCCGCUCUACGCUCUCGAGGUGCUUAAUUUAACUCGAAACCGUCUGCGGGAUGUUACGAGUUUCCGCUUCGGUUCGAGUCCCUCCGAAAGAUGUUGCAGUAAUUUGAAACUGUUGGAUUUAUCGCGGAAUAAUAUCGACAGGUUGCCGGCCAGCUCGUUUUCGGGCCUGGCGCAUCUACAGAAACUGUACUUGCAAGGCAACGGUUUGCAUCACCUCGCUGACCGCGCUUUAGAAGGUCUAACUUCUUUGAAUAUUUUAAAAUUAUCUGAUAAUCGUCUAGUCAGUCUUCCGCCCGAGUUGUUCGCCGAUACCAGGGAAAUUCGCGAAAUGUAUUUACAGAACAAUUCCAUAAAUGUGCUAGCUCCUGGAUUAUUUAGUGAACUAAUUCAAAUGCUCGUUUUGGAUUUAUCGCACAAUGAACUUACCGGCGAUUGGAUUAAUACGGCUACGUUUGCUGGAUUAGUAAGACUCGUUGUGUUAGAUAUUUCUUAUAAUCGAAUAAUGAAACUAGAACAAUCAGUAUUUAGAGAUUUGUACAGCCUACAGAUUCUUAGAAUUAACGAUAAUUUUAUUGAACAUAUACCGGAGAAUACGUUUUCUGCUUUAUAUAAUCUGCAUACAUUAAUAAUUUCGAAUAAUAAGCUGACAAAAAUAGAGAGCGACACGUUCAAUGGUCUGUAUGUACUUUCUCUUCUGUCGAUCGACAAUAACAAGAUUUCAUCAAUACACCCGGAGGCGUUGAAGAACUGCUCGAGUUUACAGGAUUUACAUUUGAACGGUAAUAAAUUGAUACAAGUACCGGAGGUGCUGAAGAAAGUUCCUUUAUUAAAAACUCUCGAUUUAGGCGAAAACCACAUUAGCUUAAUAUCGAAUGAGACUUUUAGUGAUUUGAAACAAAUGUACGGACUGAGACUGACCGAAAACAACAUAGGAAACAUAACUAGAGGAGUUUUCGAUAGAAUGACUGCCUUAAAAAUACUGAAUUUAUCUAGAAAUAAAAUACAAAAAGUCGCACCGGGCUCCUUCGAUAGCAAUCUUAACUUACAGGCUAUAAGACUGGACGGUAAUUAUCUGACCGAUAUUGGAGAAUUAUUCGCUAAAUUACCGAGUUUAGUAUGGUUGAAUAUAUCCGAUAAUCAACUGAAAUGGUUCGAUUACGCCCUGAUACCUACUGGUUUACAAUGGCUAGACAUCCAUUCAAAUCAAAUCGAGGAACUUGGCAAUUACUUCGAAAUCGAAUCGACGUUAUCUCUUAGCACCUUCGAUGCCAGUUCGAAUAAACUGACUGAAAUUACGGGCAGCGCUAUCCCCAACAGCGUGGAAGUUUUAUUUUUGAACGACAAUCUCAUAUCCAAGGUGCAAUCGUACACGUUCUUCAAGAAACCGAACUUGACUAGGGUGGAUUUGUUUGGAAAUAAAAUUACUAGUCUCGACCCUAAUGCCUUGAGGAUAUCAGCUGUUCCGCCAGAGAAGGACCUACCGGAGUUUUACAUUGGCGGAAAUCCUUAUCAGUGCGAUUGUACGAUGGAAUGGUUACAAAAAGUCAACGUUGGUAAUCGAGCUCGCACUCAACCGAAAUUAGUCGAUUUGGAAAGUAUAUAUUGUCAAUUAUUAUAUAACCGAGGCACCACAUACGUUCCUUUGGUCGAAGCGGCUCCGUAUCAAUUCCUUUGUACGUACGAAACACAUUGUUUCGCCCUAUGCCAUUGUUGUGAUUUCGACGCUUGUGAUUGUGAAAUGACUUGCCCUCUCAAUUGUACUUGUUAUCACGACCAAUCUUGGUCAGCCAACGUCGUCGAUUGCUCUUCGAGCGGAUACGUAACCAAACUUCCUGACCAAAUUCCAAUGGACGCAACGCAACUUUACCUUGACGGUAACGAUCUGCGGUCGCUCAACAGUCACGCGUUCAUCGGCAGAAAACGGUUAAAAAUACUAUUUUUAAAUAAUUCAAACAUCGAAAUUAUACAUAACAGGACAUUUAAUGGUUUGAAGGAAUUGGAAAUUCUACAUCUAAAUGGAAAUCGAUUAAGUGAAUUAUACGGCUACGAAUUCGAAAGUCUCGAAAGUUUAAUGGAAAUACACCUCCACUACAAUCGUAUAACGAUGAUAAACAACAAUACGUUCACCGGCCUGAAGAAGUUGCGAGUUUUGAAACUCGAUCACAACAGAUUGGUGGUUUACAACAUGUGGAAUUUACCGUCGACCUUAAUAGAAGUAACGCUAUCGAACAACCCCUGGUCUUGCGAUUGCGAAUUUACGGAACGUCUUCGUGAGUGGAUGCGCCGCGGAGAUGCCGUGCAAGAUUCUUCGUUGGUAAAAUGCAUUUUCAAUGCAACCGAUAUAGACUUCUAUAACUUAGACGCAUACUUGGACAGUGCCGAUACCGGUUUCUUCGUGAACCAAGAGAACGGUUCGUGUACGGGCGUCGCGAACAUAGAUAAUAGCAUAAACGGCAACCUAACAGCAACGAAAACCAUCAUACAACGUCAAGUUAUUCAGGAUUAUUUACCACUACUUGUAAUUACGUUGACCGUCUUCGCCGUUAUCGUCUUGUUGACGUUGAUUAUAUUCAUUUACAGACAAGAGGUGCGCGUUUGGUUCCAUUCGAAAUUCGGCGUUCGGUUGUUCCAAAGGGCCGGCGAGUUAGAUCGCGACGAACGAGAGAAAUUAUUCGACGCUUUCGUUAGUUACAGUUCGAAGGACGAGGCGUGGGUGGCGGAAGUCCUUGCUCCCAAACUCGAGCCGCAGUACAAGCUCUUGCUGCAUUACAGAGACUUUCCCGUCGGCGCUUUCCUCGCCGAUACGAUCGUGCAGGCCGUGGAAUCCUCCAAACGAACUAUAAUGAUCUUAUCGGAAAACUUCAUUAAAUCGGAGUGGUGUCGGUUCGAAUUCAAAUCGGCCCAUCAUCAGAUCCUGCGGGAUCGCAGGCGGAGAUUGAUCGUCAUAUUGUUGGGCGAAGUGCCGCAUAAAGACUUGGAUCCGGACAUUCGUUUGUAUUUAAAAACUAACUUGUAUCUACAGUGGGGUGAUAAACUGUUUUGGGAAAAGCUCAAGUACGCGCUACCUGAUGUGACCAAUCAAAGGCAUUUGAAUUCGAUGAGGAAUCCGCACGUGCAUCAUCACGUUCAUCGACACAGUGCUAGAGGACAGCCGCCUAAUCCUCCGGGCAACUGCAACAAUUCCACGAGGACGGUGGCGAUUCACAUAUGA